GAUUUAAUCAAAUCAAAUCAAAUCAACCCGAAAUUUGAACACCAUUCUACUCACCAAAAAUCGACUUCCGUGAUAUUGUUCAGCAAAGCCUGAAUCGAUGUAUCAUCAAUGUCCUGGAAACAAGUUACAGCAGCGAAGCGCGAGCAGGUGUCCUCUCAGUUUCCUCCCUCAUGGAUGUUCGCUCCGGAUGAAGUUGGGGGCAGAAUGAAGCGGAAAAAUGUAAUCCAGCUACUGACUGAGCACACCUCUGCCACAGAGCGUGAGAUAAGCGAGCUGCCUGUCCCUUUACUACUGCAAAAACUUCAGCAGGGCGACCUAUCAGCGUCUGAGGUCGUGGCUACUUUUGCGCAUCGUGCUGCGCUUUCGCAUCAACUGACGCACUGCCUGAGCGAGUUUCCGUAUCAAGCUGCCAAACAACGAGCGAGAGAACUUGACGAGCUCUUCCGGACACAUCAGAGAGCGACUGGUCCGCUACAUGGAUUGCCGGUCAGUCUGAUGGAUCGGUUCAACGUGGCAGGCUUGGACAGUGCGAGUGGAUACGCCAGCUGGAUAGGGAGCCCGAAGACUCUGCACGACGAGGGCGUUCUCAUCAACCGACUACACGGCCUAGGUGCGAUCGUGUUUUGCAAGAGCAAUGUCCCGAUGAGCUCUAUGGUAAGGUUUUUCAAAUAU